AUGAUACCGUCUGAUGAAGGACAGCUUUUCAGUUUAUACGGAUAUCUAAUCUUGGUCAUCUUCCUUGCCUUAGCAUACAUAGUUCUGCAUCUGUCUCCAUACAUAAGGGCACGUCUACCUUGGCAUAAUUUUAUUGAAGCAACCAAACAUGCGGACGCUAAUACUCCUACAUCUAUCACAUCCGAGAAUAUAAUUUCACAAUCAACAAAUGGAGUGCAAUUAAUUCAUUCGAAGAAAAAUCCUACUCUACGUAAACGUUCCAUUCGUAAGAUAACAACAACACUAUCAUCAACUGCAAAAUCAUUAUCACCUUCAUCAUCUUCAACAAAAUUAUCAGAUAAAUCCUCUUCCUUUUCUUCAUCUGUAAACUCCUUUAAUUCUAUUGAAUGUUGUCAGAAAUUAGAUGAAGUUUUAAAAGAUGACCAAAAUGAAUGUGUUCAUGAUACUAAUUUACGUUCGGUUAAACAAAAACCAGUUGCUAAUGAACUGAUGAUGACGAAUAAGAGCAUUGUUUCGAAAGACACAGACGCUAUCACUUCUACGAUUCAUGAAGUAGUGAAGACAUCCAAUAGUAGUGGUAGCAGUACCAUUGCUAAAUCAUUGAAAACAAAGAAAUCAAAUCCUAUACAUCAGGAGUCGUGUAAAGCAGUAGUUGAAUCGUUAUCAUCAUUGACGUCUUCAUCUACUGUUCCUGAACCACUGAAUAACUCACAUAUAUCUACUCCUGUUCCUGAUACAUUUGUUAUGCCACAAGCAUUAGAUACUACCGGGAAUGAUGAUGGUGAGUGGUUAUGUGCAAAUAUGAAAACAGUUAGACGUCGUCGACGCAAUAAUAAUAACAAAGACAUUAAACAAUUGACGAGUACAGAUAAUAAUGAUAAUGUUCAUGUUGAUGACACCAAAUUAGAAAGACACGUUCUACAACAGCAACCAAUUGAGUUAUCAUCCUUAAUAGUCGCAGAAGAAAACAGUCAAAAUAAUCAUCAAUCUGUAGUGGAAUGUUGCAAAAAUACAUCUUCAAUGAUAGAAAAUGUCAAUUCUUCAUUGAAGAAACAUUCAUUAAUGGAUCAGUCUGUUUCUAGCACUACUACUAAUACUACUGCUACUACUACUAGUAGUAGUAGUAGUAGUAAUGAUGCAUCUCUUGGUGUUCUUCAUUCUAAUUCUGCUAAUACAUCAAAACGUAAACGUCGUAAUAUUCCACGUAAAAAAUCUACUGAUGAAAUUAUUAUUAAUAAUGACAAUAUAGAAUCUUAUAGUAUAUUAUGUAAUGAAAAUCAAUUUGAUGAUAAUAAUCCAAUAUUAUCAGGUACUACUACAACAACUACUACUACUACUCCUAUCAAUUCAUCAAUGAAACGAAAUUUAGAUAAACAAAAUGACGAUGAUGAAAGUGGUUUUGAAUUAAUUGAACUUUCAAAUGCAUCAUCAUCAGUGUCGUCAGCUGUUGAAUCUGAUGAAUUAGAAAUGCAUUCAUCAUUAAUAACUACUACUAGUACUACUACUACUACUACUACUACUGUUUCUGAAAAGUCAUUAUUACCUCAAGCAUCAAUAUCACCACCUGAUCUGUUAUCACAUUUUCCACCAUUAAUUAAAGCAGAUAAUGGUGAUCCAAUUUCUGUAACAAUGGAAGUAGAACUCCUUGAAAGUGGAAGACAUCCACAAGCGAAUAAAUUACUAAAAUUGGCCUUAAGUAAUAAUAAUAAUAAUAAUAGUAAUAGUCAAACUAGUAAUCAACAGGAACAGUUAACUGAUGAUCUUGUCGGUGGGACUUGUAGUAUUAGUAGUCGUAAUAGUAAUAAUAAUGAUAGUAAUAAAGUUACUACGAAGCGUUCAAAAGUGAGAAAAGCUGAUUAAAUGAUAAGAAUAUGAUUUUCAUGUACUAUUCAACCGCUCUUUUCUCCCCCCUCUCUCUCUUUCUACUGAUAUAUGUCUUUAUUCUCUCUUUCUCUUGUUUUCUUUUCUCAUUUGAUCUAUAAACUUAUAUCAGAUUAUAUUUAUUGGUUUCUUACAUUACCUCCUAUCAUUGUAUUAUCCAAUUGAAUAAGAACAAUCUAUUUGUCA